ACACCUGUUCUCCAAAUUGAAAUCUGAACUUUAGUUAAGGGUUGCUAGUGGGAUUAAGGGUCUAGAAGUCUAGUGCCUAGAACGAAGGAGAACGAUAGUCUUUACUGCCGUAAUUUCCUUGGAGCUUUGUGUUCAGUCUGAGAGCCCACAGUUAGAGGGGGGAGCUGGAGUCAAUCUCAAGGAUACCCAGGACGCUGGGCCAGGACCUCAAAAUCAUGCCCGCAGCAGGGUUAAUUGAAGCAGCUGAUGAUGUCUGGGUAAGAGACAAGGAAGUGACUACCCUCUGCAGAUCUCUGCGGGGUCUGUCGGGUAAGCGAUGAAAUUUAUUUGUCAUGCCCCAUCUUGGGGGACAGAGUCAGGUCCCAAGGGAAGCCACACAGACAAAUGGUGGCUCACUCCAACGACAGCUUCCUAAAACCCAGCGCCCUCAGCUGCCUGCAAAAGGGGGCGAAUUGUGCCCGCUCUCCAAGCCUUCUCAUAGAGCCAGAAUCCCCCCCCCCCAAGGGAACAAGGUUGAGAUUUGCGUUUUGAGUUGGGGGUUGGGUUGAUGGAGGGGGUUUCGGGUCUGCCCCCACCCAGCCUGUGAUUCUGGGGGCUCUGAUCGGCUGUUUGGGCUGUAAUUUUCUUUGAUCCAAAAGGGAACAAGGUGGGGUGGAGGAAUGUUCCCCCCUUUGCAUUGCCAAGAUCAGAACUACAGCUCUCUGGCUUGUCCUAUCAUCCAGUCUUAGCUGAAGGUGUCUUCUCGGGUUUCUUCAGGAUGCCUGCAGCACUUGUGGAGAACAGCCAGGUUAUCUGUGAAGUCUGGGCCAGCAACCUAGAAGAAGAGAUGAGGAAGAUCCGAGAAAUUGUGCUCAGUUACAGUUACAUUGCUAUGGACACGGAAUUUCCAGGUGUUGUAGUAAGACCAAUUGGGGAAUUUAGAAACUCCAUAGACUACCAGUAUCAGCUUCUUCGGUGUAAUGUUGACCUCCUUAAAAUUAUACAGCUAGGCCUCACAUUCACAAAUGAGAAAGGAGAGUAUCCUUCUGGAAUCAACACUUGGCAGUUCAACUUCAAAUUCAAUCUUACAGAGGACAUGUAUUCCCAGGACUCCAUAGAUCUCCUUGCUAACUCAGGGUUACAGUUCCAGAAGCAUGAAGAGGAAGGUAUUGACACUUUGCACUUUGCAGAACUGCUCAUGACCUCAGGGGUAGUUCUCUGUGACAACGUCAAAUGGCUUUCAUUUCACAGUGGUUAUGAUUUUGGCUACAUGGUAAAGCUGCUAACUGAUUCCCGAUUACCAGAAGAAGAGCAUGAAUUCUUCCAUAUUUUGAACCUCUUCUUCCCAUCUAUCUAUGAUGUGAAAUAUUUAAUGAAGAGUUGCAAAAACCUUAAGGGAGGUCUUCAGGAAGUUGCUGAUCAGUUGGAUUUGCAACGAAUUGGCAGGCAACAUCAGGCAGGCUCAGACUCGCUGCUUACUGGAAUGGCUUUCUUCAGGAUGAAAGAGUUAUUUUUUGAAGACAGUAUUGAUGAUGCUAAGUACUGUGGACGGCUCUAUGGCCUUGGCACAGGAGUGGCACAGAAACAGAAUGAGGACAUGGACUCUGCUCAGGAGAAAAUGAACAUGUUGGCUAUUAUCAGUAAUACGCAACAAUGACGACAGGGUAUGGCUCUGCAGGAUGGGCCCAAUUCAGUACUGGUGCUUGCUGUCCUGACUGGUCUCUGUAUGUGUAUCUUUCUCUCUUUUCCCAACAGAAAGAGCUUCUAUUGAGUGAAUUGUUCCUACAGUCUGCAUUGAGCAGAAAGACUUGUGUUUUACUGAAGACAAGUGAUAUCUUCUUUUUAGAUCCAGAUGAAAGUUCACUCAGAAUUUGUAAAAAUGGCUUCCCCCAAUCCUCAUCCCCAACUCCUUUCCUCUCCAGUUGCCAUUUAACAUCAGCAUUUAUGGCUCACUGGAUACCUUUUUAAUAACCAGGGACAAGUCGGAAACAAGUAAAAUGUAUAUAACUCUUA